AUGCAAAUAACUGGCUUAUAUAAAGGAAGGGCAAUUAUUAUAAAAGACUCUUACAGUGUUAUAAAUAAGAAGCUUAAACUAUUUCCUGCUAUGUUUAACUUACAAACAGGACCGAAAGAAGUAUUUCCUUACAACUACUACAGCAGUGUUUUGUUAGCAAAUGACAACAGAACUGGUGUCAUUUCUGAAGCAUGUAAGUUUAUCCGGGAUGCAGAUACAUUCAUGAAAAACAUAGAUUCCAUCAAAGGUUGCAGAAUAGAUGAGAACCACUUCGACUUAGAAAAGUAUAGCACAUUUUAUUGCAAACAAGAUGUAAGAAUUUUAAGAGAAGGUUUUGUUAAGUUCCGCAAUGACAUAUUGAAAGAAUUUGAUUUAAACGUUUAUGACUACGUUAGUAUUUGUUCAAUUGCUAACAAAUUGUUUGAGAACAGAGUGUACUUCCCGAAUGGAAAUUUAUAUGACCUCUCAAAUAAACCAAGAGAAUUUAUUUCGAGAUGCAUUCAAGGUGGAAGAUGUAUGCUGUCAGAUAACAUUAAACAAAAGAGCGAAAAGAAACUCAUUGCUGACUUCGACGCUGUUUCAUUAUACCCUUCAGCAAUUGCAAGACUCUAUACUUUAGAAGGUAUACCGAAAGUAUUGAAGGAAGAAAUGUUAAGCACAGAGUAUCUCAUGAGACAUUUAUUCAAUGACGACCAAAAGGAACCCAUUGGUGAAAAGUUUAUGUCUGGCUUCUUUGUUCUCAUUAAGAUAACAGAGAUUGGAAUACAUAGACACUUUCCUUUAAUAGUUUGUGACCCUGAACUAAAUCCAGAACUUAACGUUCCCAGAAGUUCAAACACUUGCUGUUUAAUGUAUGUUGACCAUAUAACAUUACAAGACCUCAUAAAAUAUCAAGGUGUCAAAUGUGAAGUGUUGCAAGGAUACUAUUACGAUGGAAACAGAGAUAUUAGAAUAAGAGAUGAAGUAAAGAAGUUGUUUGAGUUAAGGUUAAAGUAUAAGAAAGAAGGAAAUCCUUUGCAAGAAAAUAUAAAGCUCAUUCUGAACA